AGCGCGGGAGGCAUGGCUACCUGCUUGGCGUGGCUGGCGGGGCGGGCCGGCGCAGGGCGGGACGGGAUUCUGAACCGCUCUAGCUUGGGUGUGGAGUCUUGAACGAAUGCUGAGCGCGUGGGAAGUGCUUCUCGCAGGAGGAAAUGACAUACCUCACUUCAUAAAGACAGAAGUGUGUUUUGACAUUCCAUUCUCUGCUGGGCCUGCUUGUAUAUACAUGUGUGUCUAAUCCUGAAUCCAGAAAGUCCCAGUUAAAGGUGCCAUUGAGAAGACCCAGCUAUGGAAGACAAACCUGUGGUGAUAUCAAAACAGAAGACAGAAGUGGUGUGUGGGGUCCCCACCCAGGUGGUCUGCACAGCCUUCAGCAGUCACAUCCUUGUGGUGGUGACCCAGUUCGGGAAGAUGGGUACCCUGGUCUCCCUGGAACCUAGCAACGUCACCAGUGACAUCAGCAAGCCCAUGCUCACCACUAAAGUCCUCCUCGGGCAGGACGAGCCUCUCAUCCAUGUCUUUGCAAAGAACCUGGUGACAUUUGUGUCUGAAGAAGCCGGAAACAAAGCAGUUCUCCUAGCCAUGGCCAUGAAGGACAAAAGCAUGGAGGGGGUAAAGGCUUUAAGGGAGGUAAUCCAGAUGUGCCAGGUGUGGUGAUCUUGGAAUUAGCAGACACACCUACUCAGGAGAGCCAGAUGGAAAUAAAACAUCAUCUCAGUGAUUUGAAGACCACCCCUACCCCCUUCAUUCCCUCAGAAGGAGGAACCCCAUUUGGCUGUAGCUCUUAUAUUCAGAAGAAAGGCGCACGUAUCAGGCAGACUCUCUGUUAGGUCACUAAUAACAUCAAUGAAUGGGGGUUAGGGAGAAACAUGGAAUGUGUCGGGGGCGAGGGAGGGGGCAGCGGGUGUUGUGAAUGGUUCUCACCAGGGUCCAAAUCCAAAUCCCUGCAUGUGUUUGAAAAUGGAAAGAAUGAGUCAUCAGACAUGAGUCAUGGCCCUUAAUGUGAAAUAUCAAUUGUUGGAGGAAGUUUUUUUAUUAAAAAUAAAUGUAUCCCAAAAUACUUCACCAUCCUUCUUACAAUACUGAGAAAUUUCAUUCAUACAGCACAGUUCAAUUUAGAAUACCCUAACUGGGAGAAAAACUGGUUUGGCACAAAGAUCAUAGUUCAAUCUGGACCAAAUGAAUCCCAGAAGUUGAUUCUGUGAACUUAUCUUGCUCCUCCUGUGACUCCUUCCUGUGACUUCUCAGCAUGCCAGGAUGUCAUCAUUCCACAAAUACUUCUUGUCUUGCUUACAGCUGGGGGCACAGACCCUAGUCUCAGCAAUCAUAUCCUACAAGGACAGGAAACAGAUGCUUGUUACCCCUUCAGGCGUGGGGCUGCUAGGGGAGGGCCAGGUGAGUCAGCCACCUGACCUCACAGAAGCAGCUGUAACCACUCUCUGCAGUGGAGGACGAUGGGAGAAGGUGACUCCAGUGAAGGUCGGGAGGAAGAGCACAGCCAGGGCAGGCUGCUGAGAGCAGACCAUGGGAUGUGCUCAUUUGGCUGACCAUGAAGCAGAGGUGCAAGGACCUUCAGCGCUCUACAAAGGCCUUAGCACUAAGUCCUCAAAGCUUCAGGAUGGCAUGUAUGCCAUAUCAUUCAGUCUGUGGGUACCUGAGCUGAUGGAAGGGGUCCUGGGGUCCACCUAGGUUCUCCAUCUUCCCUCUAGCCACAGUUGCACAUGUCGCCAGUUGUACCUGAAACCAAUUUAGGUCUGUGUCAUUGACUCAGAAGAAAAUGGGGUGACUGGAGAGUAGAGGUAGGACAUAUCUAGCAGAAAUGUUGGGAUCCAAUAGCAAACAUCCAGGACAUCCUUUGAGAAAAUUUAGGACUCACUGCUAAAAUUCAUGUAAAGAAAUACUUUAUGAGAUUAGAUAGGGUAUUUGUAUUUGGUUUCUCUUCAGAAUCCACAGCCUUUCCCCAGAGGGAGAGCUGCCUGGUGUCUAGGACAUGAUAGGAAAGGGGGCUCAAACCGUCGGUCCAUUGUAAAAGGAUUUGGAGAGUGACUUAACUGAAGAUGGACCUGAGGAAAGCUGUCUUCAAGGGCUCGUUCCCUCAACAGGUGAGAGCCUGUGUGUACCACGGGGUGCUGGGCCACCCACAAGGUCACUAGUAGCCAGGGUCCUGCCCUUGCAGUUCACAGUCGCAUCCAGUGGAGAGAUGUGUAAACCUAUAGACAGACAACUUGUGUUCUCGGGACGCGAGGAGGACCAAGACUUGUGAGAAACCCUGGAAGACCCAGGAGUCUGAUAUGGCCAAAUUUGGCUCAAGGACUCCCAGACAGCUUUGCCCCAUCUUCCUGGACACAUGACUUUGGCCCCACCUUCCUCUUUCCCUUGAGGAAACACACUGCAGUCUUAUGGCCCCCACAAACUUUUUGCUCUUUCUACUUGUUCUCAUGCCAGUGUGUCCCCUGACAAGAUCCUGCCUAUGGAGGACUAGACUCAAGUUUGAAAGUCCACAAGAGACUUUCAAGAAGGGACAGGACUUUCUAGACACAUGAGGACCCCUGGGUGAUCCAUGUGUCAUGGCAUAUGUGACACUAAUGCCACUGAUGAGGUAAAGAGAACUUGGGGCAUGAUCCACACUGUAGGGCUCGCACUCAGGCAGUCUUACUUCAAAAUUAGCACAUAAUUAGGCCUUGGAGACAACACCAUCGCCGGACCCCCCACAUUGUGUAACCCUGGUCAAUCCCACUGUGUUCAACAUUGCUGUCGGUGGUGAACCCUGGGCUGUGUCUCCUACAGCAGAAAACUUUGGUGCUCUGGGCACUAGGAAGAAGAUUCGCAAAAGUUCCUGCUUUCACAGAAUUACCCCAGGAUUUACAUACCAAGGUGGUGACUUCACAUGCCAUAAUGCAUGUGGCAAGUGCAUCUGGGGGGAAACUGGAUGAUGAGAAUUUAAUCUGGAGACUUGUCCGUGGCAAAUGCUGAGCACGACACAGACUGAGGGGUUGAAUGGGGAGCGUGGGGUCUUUGGCAAGGUGAGGAGGGCAUGAAAUUUGUGGAAGCCAGGAGGCUUGGGUCUAGGAAUGGCAAAACUAGCAAGAAGAUCACCAUUGCAGACUGUGACCAAAUCUAAUAAAUUUGACUUGUGUUUUAUCCUAACCACCAGACCAUUCAUUCCACAGCUCAGGAGAUCACCUCUUCCUUCCCAUCUGCUCAAAAUAGCCUAUAAUCUGUAUGCUCUCCCUUCAGUGCUUUGGGCUCCAUGUUUUCCUUAUCCCCUUCCAAAGCUAGCUGGUUGCAGUUAAGUUUAUGA